CAGUUCAAAUUAAAAGGAAGUGGAGAGGGCUUGGAAGAAGGCGAAGGGAUUGAUCAUCAAAAUCGGGAAUAGGGUUUAAAAUCAGGGUCAAGAGAACUACAAAAAUGGCAGCAGAAUCAUCGGAGGGAGAAGAUGAUGCCGGGAAGCUCACCGGUGGAAACCAACUCUUACUAGUUGACGAUGACCUCAGAGAGAUGGGCAAGAAGGCCGCUUGGAGUGUCAGCUCCUACAAGCCUGGCAAUGGCGUUUCUUCUCUUCGCGACAACAACUUCGAAACCUAUUGGCAAUCUGAUGGUGCUCAGCCUCAUUUGGUCAAUAUCCAAUUUCAAAAAAAGGUCAAGCUACAAUUGGUUGUUCUUUAUGUGGAUUUCAAGCUUGACGAGAGUUAUACGCCAAGCAAAAUUUCCAUCCGUGCCGGUGAUGGCUUCCAUAACCUGAAGGAGAUAAAAACCGUGGAGCUUGUCAAGCCAACUGGUUGGGUUUAUAUAUCAUUAUCUGGAACGGAUCCUCGGGAAACUUUUGUCAACACUUUCAUGUUGCAAAUUGCUGUAUUGUCAAACCAUCUCAAUGGAAGGGAUACUCAUGUGCGGCAGAUCAAAGUUUAUGGACCUCGACCGAACCCUUUUCCGCACCAACCGUUUCAAUUUACUUCUAGAGAGUUCAUCACCUACUCUUCUGUAAGAUGAGGAACGCCGGUCACCAUGAAAAAACGUAAAAAGCCAACCCUUUACUUAUCUGCGGGGGAUUGAAGCUACUGCCCUUCAAUUGAUAAUUUUCUCUGAAGGCACAAUUCUAGUUAACUAUGUGGCAAAAUCACAUUUCAUUGUAAUAUUUACGUCACAAAUGGAUCAACAGGAGAUGCGGAUACUGACUUUUGUUUCUUGGGGCUGGCUAUAGCGUGUUGGAUUUUACAAUGCAUUCUAAAAUAUGCGUUCUUCCAUUGUUCUGCUUCGA